AAAAAAUUGUAUAUGUCACUUGAGAAAUAUGGCGGAUUCUCUCGAUUUCGAGCCAUGGUUGAUUAAUAAAUUGAAAUCAUUAAAAACAGAUGAGAAUGUAUUUGGAUCAUAUAUCUCAGGUAUUUUAGACAGUGAGGAUUCUGUGGAUGAUAAGAAAGAUGCGUUGGAAGGUAUACUAGCAGAAAUUGUGGAAAGUGAUAUUUCGGUUCAUGUAAAUGAGAUAAUAGAAAAAUGGGAAUCCUCUAGGCCUAAAGAGGAAGCCCCUAAACCAUCUACAGAUGUGGACUUACAGCUAGCAAAAUUACUUGAAUCUCAGGCUCUUGCUACCACAACGCGGCGCGAAUACACAGACGAGGAAAAAAAAAUACGUGAAGCUAUUCUAUCACAAUAUAGUCAAUUAUCUGAUAAUGAGGAAAAUGGAGAAAAGGAAGAAGAGCCAGAAACUCUUGAUCUCGUUAGGAAUACAAAUGCAGCAGAUGUUGCCGCAGCUGCGCGUGACCGCCGAGAGCAGGCUCGCCAGGAAGCUCAGCGUAAGAAGGAAAAAGAUAAAGAAGACAGAGAGAAACAAAAGCAGCUAAAAGAAGAGAAAAAAGAAAAGCGUAAAACACAAAAAGGUGAACGGAAAAGGUAGCAUGUAUAAAUAUAACAUGUGAAUGGCAAAGCUGUUCAAACUGUAUUAUAAUAGAAUAUUACUCUCAUAUCCUAGUAUUAACAUAUGGGUAGGUAACACAUGACACUAUUUAUAAUUUUAUAAUAUCCAAAGACAUGAUGGCACAUUAAGAAAAAGGUAUAUUUAUAAAAUCAAUACAGUGGACCCCCAGUAAUCCGACAAAUUGCAGAUCCAAUGAUAAGAUUCUAUAUGUUA